CGCGGAAGAGAGGCGCAGGCGCAGGCGGGAGCAGAAAGACAAUCAAUCCCUAUCCGUGACCCGCUUUGACCCUUAAAUAGACGCCUGAUAGGUAGGCCAAAAGCCCCUGUAAGUGGUGGGCUAAAAGUGCGACUUUGCCCCCUCCCUAUCCUCAGCCCGGAUCCGCCACUGAUUUUGGGGCGUGGGCAACAAUGGGGCCGAAAGAAUACGACGGGAGGGAAGCCCCAGCCACUCCAAGCCUGCCUACAGCCCUGCAGUACAUACAGGGUCAAUAUGCUUUUGUCUACUGCUAUUCGUCCUCUUAAGAGUAAACAUGUCGCAAGCAUGGGAUAUGCUGUUGGGUUCCAAGCGGCCUGGAGAAAUUUCAACAGUUUCCUUGUUCGCUCAUCGAGCUCAGCGAUGAGCCAGUUGGACCAAUGGAAACAAAGUCCGACCCCACUCUCUUGUCUCUCUUCUUCCAAAGCUUCAAUGGUGGGUGGAAUUAGAGGAAUUCACACUUCUCCUUGGAGAGCUGACAUUGACAAUGCUGGUAGAUUGAUGGGGGCAGGCAUGGCCACAAUUGGUUUGGCUGGGCCAGGUGCUGGCAUUGGUAUUGUUUUUGGAAGCCUAAUGUUUUCUUACUCGCGCAACCCUACUCUAAAAAAUAGUCUCUUUACAUAUGCCAUUUUGGGGUUUGCACUUACAGAGGCCAUGGGGUUGUUCUGUAUUUUAAUGGCAUUUGUUAUUUUGUUUGGAACAGAUUAAACUUGUUGUGGUAGUCACUGACUACUAGUCAGCUCAACUCAAACAUGUAUUUAGUUGCAGAAAAUCUAAUCUUUAGUACUUUUUAAUCGAUAAAACUAAACCAGGGAGCUCAUCUGUUUCCAAAAUCAUGUUACUUUAUGGCAAACUUACUAACUAAAACCAAGACUGAACAUGUAUAAUUCAUAAGGCAGCAAAAAACGGGUCAAGAAUGUGAAAUGUGGUUGUGAAUU